UUCAAAUCGUGAUUUUAAUUGGAAAAUGAAACGACCCAAUUUAAGAGGCUAGACCGAAAACCCCUAUAUAUCAUAUCGCAACACUUCCACCAUUUAACCUAAACCUAAAUUUGAGCCACCCAGAACCCUAGCUUCUUGGCCCUGUCUGCGAAACUGCGAAUCCUGUGACUUUUUCGCCUUCACUGAAAAUGGCAAAAAGAAAAGGGAAGCAAUUGAGCAACACUGGAAUCAUGGCGAAGAGAAGAAGCAAGAGCGUUGAAUCCAGUAGCAACGUGGAUUUGAGAGAGGAAGCGUGUAGGCAAAUUGCUAGGUUUUUCUACAUCAAUGCCAUUCCCUUGGAGGUUGCAAAAGGUGAAGCUUUUCAGAAAAUGGUCAACCUUAUUGCAGGCCCGGGGUUCAAGCCACCCUCUUAUGAUGAACUUAGAGGGAAAUAUUUGAAGCAACAAGUGGCUGAGAUCAAGGAAUCAAUAGAGGCGCAUAAAGCUGAAUGGAAGAGCACAGGAUGCUCUGUCUUGAUUGAUGAUUGGACUAAUAGCUAUGGGGUCACUAUUUGCAAUUUCUUUGUUAACAGCCCGAAAGGUACUGUUUUUCUUAAAUCUCUUAAUGCAUCUGAAAACUGCAAAACUGUUGAUGGCAUUUUUGAAAUGAUUGAUGGCAUUGUUGAGGAAGUCGGUGUAGAAAAUGUUGUUCAAGUUGUUACUAGGAAUGAAUCUAAAUAUAGAGCUGCUGGGAAAAUGUUGGUGAGCAAAAGGAGGAGAUUUUUUUGGAUGCCUUGUGCUAUUGAUAGCAUUAAUUUGAUGCUGGAGGAUUUUGUGAAAAAGUUGCAGAUCCAUAGAGACACAGUUGCAAAUGGGAAGAGAAUUACAUCUUAUAUAUAUUCAAGAAGUUGUCUGGUUUCUUUGUUGCAUCAUUUUACUAAGGGUAAAGAUUUGAUUAGACCAGGAGUGACUAAAUUUGCAACAUGCUAUCUAACUCUGAAGUGUCUCUAUGAUAAGAAGGGGGCAUUGGUGAAGAUGUUUACAUCCAAACAAUGGAAAUCCAGUUUUUUUUCUGGAACAACAGGUGGGAAGCUUGUUCAAAGUCUCGUUAUGGAUGAUAAGUUUUGGAAAAGUGUUGUGAUUUGCUUGGUUGGCGCUGGUCCUCUGAUCAAGGUGCUUCAUUUGGUGAGUUUGGACCAGAAACCAGUCAUAGGUUUCAUUUAUGAGGAAAUGAAGAGAGUAAAAGAGAAGAUACAGCAAGCCUUUAAAUCUGUCAAGAAACGUUACAUGCCUUUAUGGAACAUCAUAGAUGAAAGAUGGGACGAAGAAACUCUUAGGCCUUUGCAUGCUACAGCUUAUUAUCUUAACCCUCGGUUCCAUUAUGAUCCUAGUUUCGAAGAAGAUUUUGAUGUUAAACUUGGUUUGUACGGGUCUUUAAGCAAGCUGGUAGCAAAGCAAGACUGGUCUAAGGUUGAUCAUAUGCUUGAAGAUUUCAAGCAUGCUAGAAACUCUCUUGGUAAUGAAAUAGCAAAGAUUGCAAUUAAAACCAAAAAUCCAGCUGAUUGGUGGGAUUCAUAUGGUUCUGAACUUCCCGAGCUCCAACAUUUUGCUAAACGAAUACUGAGUUUGACAACCAAUUCCUUUGGCUGUGUGGAUAACCGGAAUGCCUUUGAUAUGGUACACAUGAAGAGAAGAAAUCAUUUGAGGCAACAGACACUGAAUGAUAUUCUGCUAGUGAUGUCUAAUUCGAAGUUAGCCGAAAGGCACCAAGCUGAAAAUGCCGUUGAAUAUAGCAUAGACGAUCUUUCUUCUGAUGAUGAAUGGAUUACAGAGAGUAAUGAAAGCAUAUCUAACAAUGAAGAAUCAGAGUUAUAUGACUUAUGCUUGUUUGUUCCAAUUGAAGAUGAUGAAGCAGAUUGUAAUGAUGAUAAUGGUGCUUAUGUAGAUGACCUACAGAUUGAUGAUGGUAUUGAAUUUGAUGAAGAUGCAGAUGUUGAUUAUGAAGAUGAGGCAAGUUACACAACAGAUGAUGUCACGGAUAGAGGUGUGUCGGAAACAUUCAAUGAACUAUUCAUGGAUUGAUGCCUGGUUGGUUAAAGUCCCCGGCAUUUUUUCUUUCAUAACGAGUAGCAUGGUUCUUCAGUUUUACAAUUAGUAAUAGAAGUUUCAAGUGUUUCUUUUUUCGGUUUUAUCUUGUUGGCAUUAACCAAGAGUGACUGAAAUCUCUUCCUUCAGGACAAUAGUGGCCAGAUUUAUCGCGCCACUCAAAAAUAUGCUCUUUUUCUGUUUUUUUUUCCUAUAAAACUUUGUUGACCGGUGCAAGAUUGGAAGCC